CUACUUUGGAAACCUGGAGGGCUGUGGUGCUGAGCUGCACAAAGAGAUUCGAGAGUCCUACUAUCAGCUUGUUUUGUUCCUGGUAAAUUCUGUGAAGGGAUUCAGUGCUAUUAAUGACAGGUCAUUGCUUCCUGCCUUGUCAUGUGUGCAGACAGCUCUCCUUCACCUUUUGGAUAUGAGCUGGGAGCCAAGUGACCUGUCCUUCUUUGUUGAGAUUCAGUUACCACAUCUCCUCAUGACAACAUCACAGGAGAACAUAAGUAUUCAUGACAGUGUCAUUUGUCAGUGGAGUGAAGAAGAUGAAAUUGCAGACUACAAGCAAAACUGUGAAUGGAUGGAUGAAUGUCAGGAUGUAAUGUUUGAGACCUGGUAUGAAAAGAUAGCUCAAGCUAACCCAGAGAAGCAGAGAAAGAUGCACAUGUUUGUGGCUCGUUACUGUGACCUGUUAAAUGUGGACAUAUCCUGUGAUGGCUGUGAUGAAAUUGCCCCUUGGCAUCGCUACCGCUGCCUGCAGUGCAACGACAUGGACCUGUGUAAAACUUGCUUCCUUGGUGGAGUUAAACCUGAAGGCCAUGAGGAUGACCAUGAAAUGGUUAACAUGGAGUAUGCCUGUGAUCACUGCCAAGGAGUUAUCAUAGGUCGGAGAAUGAACUGCAAUGUGUGUGAUGACUUUGACCUUUGCUAUGGAUGUUAUCAUGCAAAGAAAUACUCUGACAGCCACUUGCCCACUCACAGCAUCACAGUGUAUCCCAUGGUGACUAUCCGGAUCAGCGACCGGCAGCGGCUCAUCCAGCCAUAUGUCCACAAUUAUUCCUGGCUGUUAUUUGCAGCUUUGACUCUCUACAGUGCAGAUCUGGCAAAUGGGGAGGAAGUAGAAGGAGAGAAACUAGAUUCCCAGGUCCUCAGUCAUGCCAGAGUUCUGCAACAUCAGUGCAUUCAGCUCAUUGGAGACUGCUUGAUGAAGGCACAGCACGGAAAAGGUCUGAAAAAUUUAGCUCUCCUCUGCAUGUUACCAGAAGAUGAAUCUUUCUCAGAGAAUGACACUGUUUCAGGCAGUCUUCCCACAGAUAGUGCUCCAAAGAGUCAUCCUGGUGAUAAAGCAGUGAAGGGAAGAGAUGAGAAACCCAGCACAGUGCGUUGUAAUGGGAAAGGAGACACUCGCAAGGCAAUCCAGUCCCCUGCAGAAGAUAAAGCAGGAAAACAAGGAAGUGACAGCAAAGCUGUCCUUGCAAAGAAAGCUGUUGUGAGACAAGAGUCAGACUUGCCUGUGGAUGAGAAUGUUUCUCCAACAGCAGGUGACUCCCUCCCUGAGGAUUCAGCCCAGAAGCCAGCAGAGAAGGUUUUAAUACCUAGCCAAGAACAAGUUUUUGCUGAAUGCUCUCAGAAGAGGAUUCUGGGGUUGCUGGCAGCGAUGCUACCACCCUUCAAAUCAGGCUCCACAAUGUCUUUGAUCAACCUGGAACAAAUACUUCCUCUGAUGUUUCAUGUUGUAAUCUCAAAUGCUGGUCAUCUAAAUGAAACUUACCAUUUAACCUUGGGACUGCUGGGCCAGUUAAUCCUCAGGCUUAUGCCUGCAGAAGUGGAUGCUGCAGUGACUAAAAUCCUUUCAGCCAAACAUAAUUUGUUUGUACCAGGAGAUGGAUCUACAAUGCCAGAAGGAUGGAAGACAACUCAUCUUCUGUUCAGUCUGGGAGCUGUGUGUUUAGACAGCCGUGUGGGUCUGGACUGGGCAAGCUCCAUGGCAGAUAUUCUUCGCUCUCUGAACUCUUCUGCACAGUGGCACAGUGUGAUUGCUGCUUUCACUGACCACUGCAUUAAGCAGCUUCCCUUCCAGCUAAAGCACACCAACAUCUUCACUUUGUUGGUGCUGGUUGGGUUUCCUGAGGUACUGUGCAUGGGAACUCGCUCUGUGUACAUGGACAAUGCUAAUGAGCCUCACAAUGUGAUCAUCCUGAAGCAUUUCACUGAGAAGAACAGGGCAGUGGUUGUAGACAUCAAAACCCGAAAGAGGAAAACAGUGAAAGACUAUCAGUUGAUUCAGAAGUCUGGACAAGAAGGCAGUGAUUCCCAGACCCAGCUGAGACAGUAUCUCCAGCACUUUGUCCUCAUAUCCACCCACCUCCUGCAAACCAGCAUGGACAGCAGCUAUGCUGAGGCAGUGGAGACAACCUGGGUCUUGUCACUUGCUCUAAAGGGGCUUUACAGAACACUGAAGAUUCAUGGUUUUAAGGAGAUCCAAGCUGCCUUUCUCCAGUCUGGUUUAUUGAAGCUUCUAGUGAAGAAAUGUAGCAAAGGAACUGGUUUCAGUAAGACGUGGCUUCUCCGGGACUUGGAGAUUUUGUCAAUAAUGCUGUAUUCCUCAAAGCAAGAUAUCAGUUCCCUGGCUGAACAGGAGGACACUGAACUGGAAGAAAGGGAACAGGAUCCAGAUGUGGAGCAGCCUGUUGUUGGUCCUGUGGAUGUAGAGCAGAACAAACUUGAUCCACUGGAGGGUUUGGAUGAAGCCACCAAAAUAUGUUUCUUGAUGACACAUGAUGCACUUAAUGCACCUCUCCAUAUUCUUCGAGCCAUGUAUGAGUUGCAGAUGAAAAGAACAGAUUCUUUUUUCCUGGAAGUCCAAAAGAGGUUUGAUGGAGAUGUGAUUACCACGGACGAGAGGAUCCGAACUCUGGCUCAGAAGUGGCAGCCCAGCAAGCGCCUGAGGCUGGAGGAGCAGAGUUCCAAGGCAGUGGAUACAGAUAUGAUCAUCUUACCCUGUUUGUCAAAGCCUGCACUCUGUGAUAAAGCAACAGAAGAAACCAAUCCUGUGGCCCAAAAACUGAUCACCAACACGGAGAGUGAUCUCCAGCUCAGCUAUGCCAAGCAGCGUCGCACCAAGAGUUCCAUCCUCCUGCACAAGGAGUUGGACUCCAGGAGUAAAAAGGCUGUGAGGGACUAUCUGUAUCGUGUCAAUGAGGCAAUUGCUGUUCUUUAUGCCAGGCAUGUGCUGGCAUCAUUGUUAGCUGAGUGGCCUGAUGAUGUGGCAAUAAAUGAGGAAAUCCUCGAUCUCAGUGGCCCAGCCCACAUGACAUACAUCCUGGACAUGCUUAUGCAGCUAGAGGAGAAGCAGCUAUGGGAAAAAAUUCUACAGAAGGUGCUGCAUGGGUGCAAUGAGAGCAUGCUGGGAACCAUGGCCCUGACAGCCUGCCAGUUCAUGGAGGAGCCUGGCAUGGCAGUCCAGAUGCGAGAAUCUCAACAUCCUUACAACAACAACACCAACUUUGAGGAUAAAGUUCACAUUCCUGGUGCUAUCUACCUCUCAGUCAAGUUUGACUCUCAGUGCAACACAGAAGAGGGCUGUGAUGAGUUGCUCAUGUCCAGCAGCAGUGACUUCCAGCAGGAUCGGCACAGCUUCAGUGGGUCUCCACAGAAAUGGAAUGAUUUUGAGCUUCCAGGAGACACACUCUAUUACCGAUUUACUUCUGACAUGAGCAACACUGAGUGGGGUUACAAGUUUACAGUGACAGCAGGUCAUCUGGGAAGGUUUCAGACAGGGUUUGAAAUUCUAAAGCAGAUGCUGUCUGAGGAAAGGGUCAUUCCUCACCUCCCCCUGGCCAAAAUCUGGGAAUGGCAGGUGGGAGUGGCGUGCAGGCAGACCGGGCACCAGCGCCUGAAGGCAAUCCACCUGCUCCUGAAGAUAGUGCAGUGCAGCACCCAGAG